AUGUGGGAUAAAUUUGACGAAAAUUGUGGCAAAUACUGUUCACCUUCUGCUUAUGUAACAGUUGAUGUGACGCUCCUCAUUUUUGGCGGAAAAUGUCCAUUUAGAAUGUACAUUCCAUCUAAACCAGAUAAGUACGGCUUAAAGAUCAUUUCAGCAUGCGAUGCCAGGACUUUUUACUUCUUGAAGGGAAUACCUUACGUUGAUCAUGAAAUAACGAAAAGAAAAGGUGACCUUUCCCUUCCCACUCAGUAUGUUUUGCGCCUCACCGGUUUCAUUACCGGAAGAAACAGGAACGUUACUGUUGACAACUGGUUUUCUUCAGUUAAGUUGACAGAAGAAUUAGCAAAAAAAUUGACGAUGGUCGGUACUCUCAGGAAAAACAAACCUCCACUCCCACCAUCCAUGAUCUCAGCCAGAACACCUGUCUUAUACACUGAAUAUCUCUAUCAACCAGACAAGAUGAUUCUCUCCCACACGCACAAGAAGAAUAAAAAAGUAGUCUGGAUAUCUUCUGUGCAAUGUACAGGUGAAAGGGGUGAAUCAAAGCCUGAAAUAAUAGAAUUUUCUAAUUCAGCAAAAAGUGGCGUUGAUGUCUUGGACAAGUUUUGCCACGACAAGACCACCAAACGCACAACUAGGCGCUGGCCACUGAGAUAUUUUUUGGGAAUUUUGGACAUAGCUGCUGUGAAUAGCUUCGUGUUGUACAAGUGGAAUCUGAACUUGGAGCGAUAUUCAAAGGAGGCACGUACAUAUUUACUGAAGACCCUUGCUUUCCAACUCACCGAAACCAGAAUGACUAGAAGAGCCUACAACUUGCGUAUUUCAAAACAACUUCGACUGUCUAUAAAAUAA